AUUCUGAGAACCAAAGAACAACCAGAACCAGCCAUGAUACAUUCCAAGAGGCUUGCUCAGCUGGCGAGGAGGCUGCAGAGGGUCAAGACGACGGCCGCCAGGGAAGACGACGCCUGCUGCACGACUUCUCCGGUUGCAGACAAGGGCCGUUGCACCAUGUACACGGCAGACGGGAGGCGGUUCAAGGUGCCAUUGCCGUACCUCGGAACAACGGUCUUCGGCGAGCUCCUGAGGAUGUCACAAGAGGAAUUCGGGUUCGCCGGUGAUGGGAGGAUCACACUGCCCUGUGAUGCGGCCGUGAUGGAGUAUGUCAUGUGCUUGCUGAGGAGAAAUGCAUCGGAGGAUGUUGAGAGGGCGUUCCUGAGCUCUGUAGUGAUGUCUUGCCAAGAUUCAAGCUGUGGAGUGCCACCUGUGGCCUUGCACCAACAAUUUUCAGUUUGUAGCUCCUGAAGAUAUACAGAGUUUUGCGCUGUUUACUGUCCUUUUUUCCCCCUCUUGUCCAAUAGUAGCGAAAAAUAGUUAAUACACGACAAUGGAAAUGAAGUAUUGGCAGACCAGCAUUGAAUAGUAUAAUAUACUUCACAUAUUCUUUUUAUGUUAAUGGCAUUGAGCAUGACUGCAUGAACUAACAUUAGGCCAUAGAGAAUGAGGAACCGAUUCAUUUCAAACUCAGGCUUUAAUGUACAGAUUUUACACCAUAGAAGCUAAGGGGCGCAAUUACCAUUUAGAGGUGUGCUGCUAUGCUAAAAUGAAUCACAUCUACCCCCGAAUAAAUUGUAUUUGUUAAUGGAAUGCUGAUUGGUGCACAGCAAACUACUACUGCUUUACAAGUUUGCUAUUCUACAGUUUUCUUAUCUAUGCAGUUCUUUAAGAAUUUCAUAUAUAGUGUGGAAUCAGUCGUUACAAUAUCUGAAGUUGUUCUUCAAAAUGCAACAAACCAAUUAGUCAGACAAUAUAUACCAGCACAAAAUACAAACAUGCUGUAUGAUUUGCAUGCUGAUAUUCCAUUUUAGAGUAUGUUCAGGUUGAGCAAGAGAGAGGGCUAGGCAUAGAGGGUCUACCCGUUGCGUGACCCUCGCGUCGCCCUCACGCGGGCGACUAGGGGGAGAAAACCCUAGCCGCCCGCGCCGCCACCUCGCCGGCCUCUAGCCGCCUUGCCGCCGCCGGAGCCAGCCGCCGGAAACCGCGCGGCCGGCCGGGAAGGCGGCGGCGGGGAGAACAUCCUCGGGGAGCCCUUCCUCGGCGUUGGAGGCGGAGCAGCGUCGACGGGGCGGUGGUCGACGGAGGCGGCGGUCGAUGGAGGUGGCUGCGACGGAUCCGGGCACGCCGGAGACGGAUCCGACCCCCCCGGGCGCGGAUGUGGCCGAUGACGGUGCUCUGCGUCCGGCUGCCAGUAGAGGCGGGCAGCGCGUCGGCUGCGGCCGGCGAGCGGAGGUGGUGGCAGCUCGCGGCGACGGCGGCCGACGGAGGCGCGCGGAGGUGGCUUCCGCUGUGCAGCGGCGGAGCUCGUGCGGAGGUGGCUGGCCGGCGACGGCGGAGGCUAGCGGCUGCGGAGGCCAGCACCGUGGUGGAGGCGCUGCGGCGGCCGGCAGCACGCGUACGGCCAGGCGUGUGCGGGGUGGCUAUCACCAGCGUUGAGCAAUGCGGCUGAGCUCCCUCGUCGCCGUGGUGGCCUAUGCGUGGCUAGGUGAGGCAAGGAGGCCGGACAAAGGUGGCGCCGGAGCCGGAGCGGCAGCGUUUCCGGCGUCGGCGCAGGCCUAGAUGGUAGUGCAAAGGGAGCUGGCGGCAGUGGGUCGUCUUCCUCGUUGCCGGUCGGCACCCUCGCCCUUCUUAGAGCUCCUCCCCUUUUUUGUGGGGAGUUUCUAGGUUGGAUUGAGGCGGCAGCUUGUCAACGGGGGAAGCCCAGGUUGCUGAAGCAAUGCCACCCAGUCCAGGGUUCUCCUUUGGCCAGAUUUGGCGAGGAGACUGGCGGGUGGUGGAUCGGAAGGUUCGUUGAAGUCAGUCGAUGGCGGGGCGUUGGUGCUGUGUGGUGGCAGUCCUGUCGUUGGCAGGACUGGAAGCUGGCCGGCGGAGGGGCGUCGGUCAAGUGUGGCGGAAGCCAUGUGCCGCCGAUGUUUAAAUGGUGGUUUCGGAUUGGGCGACGGACCACGGCGGUAGAGGGUUCCGAGCGAAAGCUUAGCCCAAUUUCUUUGGGCCAACAGUGACUUCGCCUUCAGGCGUGGUAACCCUCCUGAGGGCACUGUUGAGGUACCCAUCCUCCCUCAGCAAGGAGCUCUGGGUGAAAACCUUGUCCAAUUCCUUGGACGGAUGACGACGGCGUCUUUCGGCGUCGCAACCCUCGUGAGGGCGUCGUUUUAGAGUAUUCGUGUCGUGGUGGUGUUGUUGGCCCGGUGGCGAUCGGUCUCGCAUAGCGAUGGCCGGUUCGGUGCUUGGCUUCCCUCUCUGUAGCGUGUGUUUGGGCGGUUGGCAUAUGGUUCGGGGCGUGUGCUCUAGUGCACAUCUUUCCUCGACAGCCAGCUGUCGAUGUAAAACUUUUCUUCCUAUCUUAAUUACAUUGAAAAAAAAAAGUAUGUUCAGGUUA